AUGAUCGGACAAGCAACGGGCAUGCUCGGCGAGGAUGGCAUCCACAUCGAUAUGAACCACCUCAAGAAGGGAGAGGUCAACCUCGGAACCUCCAUCAUGGCCAUCAACUUUAAGGAUGGUGUUAUCCUCGGCGCAGACAGCAGAACCACAACCGGUGCCUACAUCGCCAACCGUGUUACCGACAAGCUCACCCAAGUACACGACACAAUCUGGUGCUGCAGAUCUGGCUCCGCCGCAGACACCCAAGCAGUUGCCGACAUCGUCCAAUACCACCUGAACAUGUACGGCAUCAACAACAACGAGCCUCCCACCACACAAACCGCCGCCGCUAUCUUCCAAGAGCUGUGCUAUGACAACAAGGAUAUGCUGAGUGCUGGUAUCAUCAUUGCAGGAUGGGAUCGCAGACAUGGUGGCCAAGUCUACUCAAUACCGUUGGGCGGUUCCCUUCACAAGCAGGCUUACGCAAUUGCUGGUUCUGGUUCGACAUACAUUUACGGCUACUGCGACGCCAACUGGAAGGAAGGCAUGACCGAGGAAGAGGGUAUCGAAUUCGUCAAGGGAUCACUGAGAGAGGCUAUCAAGUGGGAUGGAAGCUCAGGCGGUGUGAUUCGCAUGGUCGUCCUCACCGCGAAGGGUGCUCAGAGACAUCUCUACUUGCCCGACAAUGGCUACACCGGUCCUGGUACCAAGUGA